AUGAGUGCGUCCGUCAUGUCAUCAAAGGCUCCGAACCGAUGCGUGUUGGAGUUGUCUCCCCUCGGGAAGACCAGAAUAAUGCCCGUCGUCGAGUUGUUCGGUUCUGGUGCUACCGCUACGUCUGCAACGAACAUAAGUCAUGAGAAACUGUCCUUAUUCAAUGUUCUUCCGUAUGAAUCAAGGCGCUUGAAAAGCCAAGCACUGGACAAAUUUAUCACUGGAGCACUUCGAUCUCUCCGAGUGGAUGGAGUCCUCAUUGUGCGGCAGGAUCUCUCGAAAUUGAACGAUCCUAAGAAGGUGGCUAUGCUGACCGAUUACUUCGAUGUGUUCCGGUUAGAAGAAAGUAACGAGAAUGUCGGCUUCCUUUUCUAUGCAGUCAACGAAGUUAAAGAGUCGGUUUAUGUGCACCAAAACUGGCAAGACUAUAUUUGGACCCUUAUCAAGAAACCUUUCCCAAAAGAAGUGAAUGGAACUGUUUCAUUCCGAGAUUUCUUGGACAGAACACAGUACACUGACACUGGAAUCUUCGCCUACGAAUGGAUCUUCGGGGAUAACUUCAUUUCUCCUGGAGGAUGGGACCAGAACCUUGCUAUCCUGAAACGUUUUGGACCAAUGAAGACGGGUCAAACUAUGCUGGACAUCGGUGUAGGGAUAGGAGGCGGUGCAAGACAAGCUGCUAGUGAAUUCGGGCUUCACGUGCUAGGAGUCGAUCUUUCCACGAACAUGCUUGCAGUCGCUCUAGAUCGCGUUCACAAGGAAAAAGACGCUCGUGUUACCUACGCAGUCUGUGACGCCGUCGAGUACGACUUUGAGCCGAAUUCGUUGAUUACGUUUUCUCCCGGGAUUGCAUUCAACAUAUCAAGGACACCGAGAAACUCUUCUCAAGAAUUUACCGGGCCUUGA